AUGAUGUGGAAGCAUCAUUGUCCUUCGAAGGCUAAAACACUAGGCUUCUGCCCCUCGGGCGCUCCCACGGCCCUGUCCCCGCCCCCUCGCCGUUCGGUAGCCAGCGGGGAUGGAGCGGCCCGGGGAUGGGCGGAGCCUCCCGGCCGCAUAUCCCACAAUGCCCCGGGACCGGAAGAGGGAGCUGUGGUUUUUGGAACUUCCCUCGCCACUCCGGGCGUUUGCUCUGUCGGGCUGGUGGCGGGUUGGUGUGUGUUUGUUAUGGCCGCCGCCGUCGCUAUGGAGACAGAUGAUGCUGGAAAUCGACUUCGGUUUCAAUUGGAGUUGGAAUUUGUGCAAUGUUUAGCCAACCCAAAUUACCUUAAUUUUCUUGCCCAAAGAGGUUACUUCAAAGACAAAGCUUUUGUUAAUUAUCUUAAAUACUUGCUUUACUGGAAAGACCCAGAAUAUGCCAAGUAUCUAAAGUACCCUCAGUGUUUACACAUGUUAGAGCUGCUCCAGUAUGAACACUUCCGAAAGGAGCUGGUGAAUGCCCAGUGUGCGAAAUUUAUUGAUGAACAGCAGAUUCUACACUGGCAGCACUAUUCCCGGAAGCGGAUGCGCCUUCAGCAAGCCUUGGCAGAGCAGCAACAGCAAAAUAACACAUCGGGGAAAUGAAAAACUGGAUACAGAUGAGGCUCUGAAGAUAUAUAUAUAUAUAUAUAUAUAUAUAAAAUGUAUUUCUUAUGUACAGUGAAGACAAAAAAAAUGAAAACUCUUCCUAUCUAGCUUUAUUAUGGUAGCAUCUAGAACUGUUAGUAUGCUUUUUAAUCAAACUAACUUUUUAUUGUUAAUAGACUAUCACUGUUAAACCUGAA